AUGGCCGGGCGCAGUGCUGGUGGGCGCAGUUCGGAACGCAAUAUAUCUGGACAGGAAAUAAUUGAAGCACACACCAUCGAAAUGCCCAACGUCAAAACUGUGGAGUAUCAUACUGCCACGCAGCAUACCUCAUAUACCGCCGGGCCCCUCAAGCAAAUGCUUGACCAGAAUGUGCUCGAAAUUAGGCAGGAGAUUGAACGAGGAGUGAACGAACUCAAGGUCGACUUUCACAACCAGGUCCAAAGCAUCCAUAUCAGCAUUCCGAGUCAAGGAGCAAGUGGGAGUAGCAUCUCGAGUACAGUUGGAACCCUCUGGAAAAGCAUGAGGCCGCAAUCUGAUCCCGCCGAGGAAGAAAUCGAGCGCCUAGGUGUUAAAUGCAGGAAGCUGAAAACCGAAAUCGGAGACCUCAGGGAAGAUAAUGAGAAACUAAAGAGAGAGAGGGGUCGAUGGGAACGUGAGCAGAAGUCUAUCAUCUACCAGGAUUCGGAAGAGAAUGCACGCCGCGAGCAAGCAAUAAAGAGAAGUAAAGAGGCCGAAGCAAGGAGUGCUCAUCUCGAGCAGCAAAAUAAAAAGCUCGCUGAGCAGGCUGCAAAGUUUCGCUCCAUUAUCCUCAACCAAACCAGUAGCAGCGGAGAAGCAAUCGACGACUCAAGAAUCACAACGCCCUUCAUCGACAUCAGAGGGCAAAUACAACGGAUUGUCUUUAAACACUAUUCGCCAGUCCAGAAACCACGGCCGUUAUCAGCUAGUGCAACCCAGAAGCAGCGCGAAUUCUUCGACUUCUGGGAACAAGGUCUGUCCCAAGCGCAACUCAAAAACAGAACUCGUGCGGUGAUUUUUGAAUUGCUCAAUGAAAAUCUUCUCUCCCACCCUUGUUUUGGGCUUGAUGAUUUCGAACCUGCUGGGCAACUAGAGUCGGCACUUGCUGGCUUUGAAGUGGCGUUGGGGAGUGUCAGUCAAGGACAUGAGUCUGAGAUCAUAGAAUGGAGAACACGUACAAUAAAAUGCGCCCGCUUACUCAAUGCGCCCGAAAGCACGAGGCCAGAGAAGGUUGCAGAAUUGAUAUGGUCCUUUAUGGCGCCGAUUUUGCCCCCAAAGACUCCAGCUUACGCUGAUGCAUAUGAAGAUCUUAGAGAACUACUCUUGCGAUUGUGUACUUGCACAUUAAAUCUCACCCUUCUUAUGCGGGGCUGCAAAGAUAACUUCAAAUGCGAGACGCCCAAGGCAGGACAAGACUUUGCCGAUGAAGAUGCUGAGGCGCAAGUAUCAGAGAGGGUCGGUUCUCAGGAUGCUGAAGGUUCCAAAAUAGCCUUCGCGCUAGCAGGGGCGAUUGUCAAGUACCCUGAGAAUAGGCCAGAAGAUAGAGUUAUCCUGGAGAAAGCGCAUGUAGUUGUUAAAGAUUGA